AUGCUUUUCAAUUAGAUUAGGCAUUUAGUUUUCCUGUCGUUCUCCUCAUGAGUAGUUGGAGCGAAAGACAGAGAGGCGUGCGCCUGCUGCUCGGCCUUAGCCGCUGGCUGGGCGUUUCCCCGCCCGGAGAACGGUUGGCAUAUCCGCACCUGAUCUGGUCCUUGCUGUUGCUGGGCUGCGUUUGGUUCUACACGCUAAACCGAUUGAUCACCAUGAAGUUCUACAAGCAAGUCCUGACCAUACAGAAGCUGUUUUACUUUGCCGAGUAUCCGGCGAACAUGUUGUUGACGGCGAUCUUUUCGCUGCGGAUUUAUCGCAGCGCACGAUUCUAUAUACGCCUCUGGCUGCAGCUAUGUCGCCUGCAGGCGCUGCUCUUCGAGAACGGACGUCAGCUCUGUGCCGGAUUGGAGCAGCAGCAUGUGCUGCGGCUGCUCUGUGUGAUAAUUGGCUUUCAUGCCGUCUGCGCUGUGGUGGACAGCGCCUGGUUGAACUUCGACUGGCGUCUCAGCCUGCCCAGCAACUGUGCCCACCAGCUGCCCAGCCUGAUGAUCAGCCUGAGCCUGCUGCAAUAUGUCCUGGCACAACGACUGCUAUGCCUGUUCUAUGCACAGCUCAACCAGCGCCUGGCACAGCUGCGACAACGGCUUCCGAUUGGCAUCUGUGUGCUGGCCUUGGAGUCGCAGUCGCUGGAGCAGCUGCGUUUGGCUGCCGUCGCCUUGGACAGCGUUCAAGCUGAACUCUUGGCCAGAUUCGGAUUCGUGCUGCUGCUCAGCUUUGGCAACUCUCUGCUGAGCCUCUCCUACGAGGUGUUCAACGUGUUCCGGCUGCUCGAGCUGGCCCAACUGGGCGACUGGGUGCUCUACUGCUAUCGUUCCCUGUGGCUCCUGCUGCACGGCUCACGCAUUUGGUUUGUACUCAGGGUCAACGAGCGCAUCGUUGAGCAGAAAUGCCAGCUCUGUCUGCUGCUCAACCAGCUGGAGGCUAGCGACACGCGCCUGGAACGUUCCAUUAAUCGUUUUCUGCUGCAGCUCCAGACUAAUCAGGCCCAACCCCCGGCCGCCUGCGGACUCAUCGACCUGGACACCCUUUCGCUGGGCGGGUUUGUCAACGCUUUGCUGGUCAUUGUCAUAUUCCUGAUACAAAUCGAUCUGGGCAAUAAAUCGCUGAGGGGUUUUGUCUGAAAAAGGACAGUCAAUAAAUGCGGGUUGAACGGAUUUUUGGCAUUUUAUUUCGUUUGAGG